AGUUUGGAUUGGUUGUUCUCCCUCCCACCCACGCACAACUGUGUGUGGGUGUGUGUCAAGGGCAAAGUGUGCCAAUGCACCGCCCACUCAAGAAGGUGCAGUAGUUUUACUUUUGUUUGAACUGGAUUCUGUUUUUUUCUGAAGGAGUCAAAAUGGACGCCCAGCAGACAAGUUUCCUCUUGCUGAAAAGAAAACCGCUAAGUGGUUUCUGUGUGUGUAACCUCCCAAAGAAGAAGUGAAAGCGGAAUUCCAAAUCUCAUGUCCGUAUUUGUUUGCCCUUACAAAGGUGGAUCAUUGAAAUCGAUGCACUGUUGAGGAAAUACGACUUGCAUCGGAGCCAUUUGGAAACCAUGAGCUGCAGAGACUGGAAAAAGCUGGCAUUCCUUCUGUACCACUUCGUGCCGGUUUUCCUCGUCGAGGCCUCCCAGAAGACGACCUCUUGUCGCAUCCGAGGCACCCAAGCCGACUGCAGCCGCCUGAGCCUGGCCGCCGUGCCGCCCGACCUCCCCGGCAAUAUCACCGGCUUGGAUCUGUCCCACAACCGACUGAGCCGGAUUCCGCCCGCCUCCCUGGCCCCGUACGCGCAUCUCCUGCACCUGGACGUCGGCUUCAACAGCCUCAAGAGCCUGGAUGGCGGGCUGUGCCGGGCGCUGCCCCUGCUGCGGACUCUCAACGUGGACCACAACGAGGUGCACGUCCUCCAGGAGGAGGAUGUGAGGGCCUGCGGCGGCCUGACCGGGUUUUGCUUGUCCAGCAACAGACUGAAGCUGAAAGGGGAAGCCUUGGCCGGGCUGCAGAGUCUGACAUUGUUGGAUGUGUCCAAAAACAACCUCCAGUCAGCCAAGCUGGGUUCCAGGCCUCAGAUGCCCGAGCUGGUUGAGCUCAGGCUGGGAUUCAACACAUUCUCCACUUUGGCCAAGGACGACUUUGCUCUCUUUAGCCACUCGCCGUCUCUGCAGGUCCUCAACCUGGAAUCUUCCACCAUCAAGACGGUGGAGCCUGGUUCCUUCCAGCCAAUUUCCCACUUGCGUACCUUAAUCAUGGACGGGAGCAACAUGGGAACGACGGCUAUCUCCAAACUAUGCUCUGCGCUGUCAGGAACGUCUAUCCAGACAUUGUCCCUACAAAGAAUGAAGCUGGUCACGCUCACCAACGCCACCUUCAAAGAUUUGCAGGAAACCAACCUAACCUUCCUGGACCUCUCCGGCAACGGCUUGGGUAAAAUCGAAGAGGGCUCGUUCCGGUGGCUCAGCAAACUGGAUGCGCUUGUUUUGUCAGACAACAACAUCAAGCACUUAACCAAGCAGACCUUUCGAGGUCUUGACAGUUUGAACCAGCUGGACUUGAGGAAAGCUCUGGUGAAAAGUCAUACCUCCGCCAGGCCAAUCAUCGAUGACUUCUCCUUCCAGCCAUUGGGCGCCGUGGAGACUUUGUGUCUGCGGUGGACUUCGGCGCGGUUGAUAACCGAGCACACCUUCGCAGGCUUGAAAAGUCUAAAAGAACUCGACCUUAGCUGGAGCAGCUACGAGUCGCUGAAAAACAUCUCCAACGAGACGCUGAUCUCGCUGGGCGGGUCACUGCUACUGAAGCUCAACCUGACGGCGACAGCCGUGAUGCAGAUUCAACGUGGUGCUUUCGCCCGUUUGGGUAACCUCACCCAUCUUCUUCUGGAUUUCAAUUUCAUCAAGCAGACUCUGAGCGGGACAGAGUUCCAAGGCUUGGAUCGACUCCAGGAGCUUCACCUCUCCUUCGGUCACCAGAGGAUCAACCUCAGCUCCAUGUCGUUCGUCGGCGUUCCCCUUCUCAGGGUCCUGACACUGUGCAAAAGCCUCACGGCCACGUCCUUGAACUUGGAUCCUUCUCCAUUCGAGCCCUUGUCCAACCUCGUCUACUUGGACCUGAGCAACAAUAACAUCGCCAAUUUGAGAGCCAGCCUGCUGAACAGACUCGUGAGCCUGAAGGUUCUCAAGCUGCAACACAAUAACCUGGCGCGGUUGUGGAAGGCGGCCAAUCUGGGAGGGCCGGUGUUCUACCUGAAGGGUUUGGAGAAAAUGACGAGCCUGCAGAUGGACAGCAACGGGUUGGAUGAGAUCCCUGCGGAGGCGCUGACCGGGCUGAGUAACCUGCGUGAGCUCAGCCUUAGCAACAAUCUGCUCAAUAACCUGAAGGACUCUGUGUUCGACAGCCUGACCUCCCUGAAGGUCUUACACCUCCAGAGGAACCUAAUCACGGCUGUGAGACCCGAGGUGUUCCGGACUCCCCUGGCCAACCUGAGCCAUCUCCUCAUGGAUAGGAAUCCCUUCGACUGCACGUGCGAGAGCAUCUUGUGGUUCGUGACAUGGUUGAACACCAGCAACAUUCCCGGCUGGAGUGGACAGUACAUGUGCAACACGCCGCUGGUUUAUUUCAACCGCUCCGUUGCAGAUUUCGACCCCCUCUCCUGCAAGGACAUGGCGCCAUUCGAGACACUCUACAUCCUCAGCAGUACCCUAGUGGGGUUGCUGACCGUGACAGCACUUCUGCUGCGCUUCCAUGGCUGGAGGAUCCAGUUCUACUGGAACGUCCUGGUCAACCGGGCUUUGGGCUUCAGCGAUACCAGAGUGGAGGAGGGCCGGCGGUAUGAAUACGACGCUUACAUCAUCCACGCCGAAGUGGACAGCAGCUGGGUGGAGAGAGCCCUGUUGCCCCUUGAGGGCGAUGCAUGCAGGUUUUGCCUGGAAGACCGGGAUUCGAUGCCGGGAAUGUCCCAGCUGGAGUCCACCGUGGCAAACCUGAGGAACUCCAGGAAAAUUCUUUUUGUUGUCACCGAAAGCCUCCUCAGCGAUCCAUGGUGCAGCCGCUUCAAGGCCCAUCAUGCAUUGCAUCAGGUGAUGGAGGCCAGCAGGGACUCUGUGAUCCUGGUGUUCCUACAGGACGUACACGACUACAAGCUAUCGCACUCGCUCUUCCUGCGCCGCGGGAUGCUGAGGAAACGCUGCGUCCUUCACUGGCCCGUCUACAAGGAGCGAGUGGUCGCCUUCCGCCAGAAGCUCCUCAUCGCUCUGGGAAUGACCAAUCGAUUCCCACCACUGCUUUGAACAAGUGGUCGCGCACAUUUUUUGGGUACAGGCAAACCUUUUGUCAAAAAAUGGUACGGCAGGCACAUUUCAUUUGGUACACUUGCACGAGAAUACAAGUUGAAUUUUUGGUUGACAUGUUCCUAAUGUUUUGUCCAGUAAAGAGCGUGUAAUUUGAGGGGAAAAUGCUUCAAUAGCUAUAUUAAUUGAUGAAAUGCUUUUUGUGACAUCAGUAAAUAAUGGAUGUGUUUCAA